CGGCCAGCCAGAGUGACGGGAUGGCCGGGCGGGCGGCGCGACUGGUGCUGCUGAGCUUGGCCGCCACGCUCGCGGCCGGCUCCCAGGGGGACCGCGAGCCGGUGUACCGCGACUGCGUGCUCCGGUGCGAGGAGCGGAACUGCUCGGGGGGCGCACUGAAACACUUCCGCUCCCGCCAGCCAAUCUACAUGAGUCUAGCAGGCUGGACUUGUAGGGACGACUGCAAGUAUGAGUGUAUGUGGGUCACUGUUGGCCUCUACCUGCAGGAGGGUCACAGAGUGCCUCAGUUCCACGGCAAGUGGCCCUUCUCCCGGUUCCUGUUCUUCCAAGAGCCAGCUUCCGCCAUAGCCUCUCUCCUGAAUGGCCUAGCCAGCCUGGUGAUGCUGUGCCGCUACCGCGCCUCCGUGCCCACCUCCUCCCCCAUGUACCACACCUGCGUGGCCUUUGCCUGGGUGUCUCUCAAUGCUUGGUUCUGGUCCACAGUCUUCCACACCAGAGACACUGACCUCACAGAGAAGAUGGACUACUUCUGCGCCUCUGCGGUCAUCCUGCAUUCUGUCUACCUGUGCUGUGUCAGGACUGUGGGACUGCAGCACCCGGCCGUGGCCAGUGCCUUCCGAGCCCUCUUGCUGCUGCUGUUGACCCUCCACGUCUCCUACCUGAGCCUCAUCCGCUUUGACUACGGCUACAACAUGGGGGCCAACGUGGCUGUUGGCCUGGUGAACCUGGCAUGGUGGCUGGCCUGGUGCCUACGGAACCACCAGCGACUGCCUCACGCUCGCAAGUGCAUGGCAGUGGUCCUGAUGCUACAGGCGCUGUCCCUGCUGGAGCUGCUCGACUUCCCGCCCCUCUUCUGGGUCUUGGAUGCCCAUGCCAUCUGGCACAUCAGCACGAUCCCUGUCCACGUCCUCUUCUUCAGCUUUCUGGAGGAUGACAGCCUGUACCUGCUGAAGGAAUUGGAAGCCAAAUUCAAGCUGGACUGAAGACCCUGGGAGCAGACCUGUCCCCUUGCUGCCGGCUCCUUCCCCUUCCCCUUCUCCUUCCCCUUUGAGAUGAUGUGUUUUCUCCUUUGAGCUUCUUGAGCAUGGACUGUGAGGGCUGUGGACCCAGUGUCAUGUUGCCACCCACCCACCCCUUGAUGGCUGUCACCGCUGGUGGUGGCAUACUGGCCUCUGACGCAGGGAGAGGACAGCCCUCCUGUCCUUGAGGCUGAACCAGGCUGGGACCAAGUUCCUAGGUCUGCCUCUGUUGCCCCCCACCAAUACCCGCUCCACAUCCCUCACCCCUAUCUGUGGGUGCCCUGCCCUCCUCCAUGGCACCACUAGAUGGCACUGGAUGCCUUUUUUUGGAUGUCUAUUUUUUUUAGCUGCCCAAAUCUCCAGGGAUUCCAAGGACCCAGCUUGCUGGGACAAGGGCUGGGAAGAGGAUUCACCUUUCGCCUUGCCCCAGCCAUGCUAGUCUUCAGGGCCGGCCCCCCGAGGGUUAGAUUGCAGGGACGUGUUCUGGUUGAGAGCCGUCACACCAGCAUAUAGAGGAGUGUGGGCCACGCCUAAGGCGGAAGUGCCUGGAAGUCGGAGAGUGGGUUUGGGAGGCGGUGAGGGCCUGCGAGCCUCUGCCUGCAGUGCAGAGAACCAGGUGAUGUGUGUUCAGGGGGCAGAUGGGUGAGGGUGGUGUGCAGAAGGGAUAUAAACUGUGAGUGUGCUUGUGGGUGUGUGUCUAAAGGUAAAUGCACAUGCGGUGUACAGGCCACACCAUGGGGAAGGUGGAAGAAGGAUGGGGACCGAGUUGUCAUCAGCUGCACCUCAAGCACCAAGUCCGCCCAAGGCCCCAGCCCGGCCAGCCCCCAGGAUAAGCACAUGAUUUGAUGAACUCUGGGGUGCCGGCUGUGGGCUGUGGGAGGAGUGCCUGUUCACUGCCUUUUUGGGUCCCACUCCAAACCUCAGGAUCCCCAUUGCCUUGAGAGCACCCUUCACAGCUGGCCCUUUGAAUAGGAGGAAGGGAGAAGGUGCCUCCUCUCACCUCCUGCCUCCUUCCCUCCACAGGCCUCCAGUUCCCCAUUUUAGCCCUUUCCUUACAGCUUGUACUUUGUGGGAGGGGGCAUCAGGCAAAGGGGAAAGGGAGUGGAGUGUGUGUGGCUGAGUCUGGUUUUUGCCUUCCCCAGAGAAGCUCACUGCUUCAGAGUGGCCCCAGGAUGUGCAGGGGCCACCCGCCAGCCCCCAUCUGGACAGUGACACACAGCUGGGCUGUGGCUGCAGCAGGUCCCUCUGAGCGGGGAGGGGAGCUGCCCAAGCUUCCAGCCUCAGGGACUUAGGCAGCCUGCGUUAGGGUCUUUUGAUACUAAGAACUAUUUUAAGGCAGGAGAGAGCAAGGGAUAUGAUUAAUAAAUCAAUUCCCACCUUG